GCUCCUUUUUCUGUUUUCAAAAAUGCAUUACUCCACGACUAGCGAAGGUUCCUUGGCAAAGCUGGAUAAUUGUCUCAGUGUAGGCGUCGGGUUGUUGUUCAUUUCCCGCUGCCAGCCUCUCUUCUCCUGCUUUUGUGCUUACCGGAGGGCAGCUGAACGUGUAGGAAGAUGCUGCGCCCCGGAAUCUGAAUGCUGUCCCAGUGGUCUUGCCAAAGGAACCGUUUACAAAGCUGAGGAACCAUCUAAUAAAGAGGGGCUAAACCUGGAAACCAAUGGAAAGACAGAUGAACAAAGAGUGGAAAUGGACAAGCUGGCCUCGGCUCCUGUUGCUGAACCAGUGCUUAAUGGAACUGAAUCUGACAACUCAAGGCACAACAGCCCGACAUACUGUUCUUCAACAGGGCACAGCAAAGCACCAUCAUUAGUAAAUGAGAAUGGUACGUCGGACAUGGAGACACCACACGGUUCUGUUACAGGAAGCAAUGGAUUCAUUCUUGUCAAGCCACAACAAGAGGAAAGCUCUCAAACCACGCCUGCUUUGGCAGUUUCCCCUCACAGGACUAACCGGCCAAUUUCGAAUGCCUCUACAGGAGUACACGUGACCAAACCUUCCUCUCCAUCAGCCUCUGGUUCUCCUCAGACUUUAGGUGCACUAAGGACUGACCCUAUUACGUCAGGGCAGGAGACAAUGGACUCUAAAAAUGGCACAGCCCCAGCUAUAACAGCUUCAACACCUCUCAUGGUGCACAGAGCUCGCAAAACCAUGUCCAGGCCUGCUGUCACUCUCGAACAAAAGCUUCUCAAGAAGGAAUUAAGAGAAGCAAAGAAUGCCAAAUUGGAAACUUUGGUUUCAUCUGACACACCGGAACCUUCGCAGCUGUGCUCAACAGAAAACCAUCUACCUCAGAAUUUUUUGGAUUCGCCGGCUUCAGCACAAACCGCUUCAUUGGCUUCACCAGCAAAUACUGUUGUUUCUUCCCCUCAGCUCACUUCAACGCAAGCCAAGCUCCAACAUGGUCACACAGGCUUGUUCACAGGAGCAUUGUCUUUCCGUAAGAAGAAGAGACGAAUGGGGAUUUACAGCCUAGUUCCCAAGAAGAAGCCUAAAGUUCUUCGUCAGACAACAAUGCUGGAAAUGUUUAAGGCUGUACAAUCGAAUCCCAAAAAUCCAGAGACAACUAUAAAUGUAAAUGGAGAGAAGAUGGAUCAUGUAUCUGAGGAGGAAGAAGAGUCAGAAGAAGUGGAUUCUGAGGAAGAGCAGCAGUCACAAGGAGCGGAACUUGGCACUUCUGUCCAACUAGCGAGUCCAUCAUCUGAGUCCAUACCACAGGUGGAGAAUGAGCAAGAUUCUGAAGUAUCUGGAGAAGAUGGUGAGGAGGAGGAGGGCACAGAAUCAGACUUGAGCACGGAGUCUAGUCUCAAGAAAAAGUUAAAGAGGAAAAUAAAAGGAGACAAUGCAUGGCUCAGGCCUUCCAGGAAACGCAAGAGGAGGGUAAAGGACAAAGAAUCGGAGGCCUUCUCUGAGUCUCCAGAUUCAGUUCUGACACGCACAGACGAUAGGAAUGAACACUCCCAGAUAACGCCACCUGACAAACUCGGUAAUCUCCUUGAGCCUGAUGCCACUUUAAACGGAAAAGAGACUUCAAGUUCAACAAUGGAGGAGGCUCAAGAGCUACCACUGUGCAGCUGCCGUAUGGAGACCCCCAAGAGUCGAGAAAUUCUCAUCCUAGCAGACAGGAAGUGCAUGGCUACAGAGAGUGUUGAUGGCCAACUGACCCGUUGCCAAGGUGGCGUCUUGAAACAAGAAAUGAUGCGGCCCUCCAACUCUGUUCAGCUGCUAGUUUUAUGUGAGGAACACAGAAACGGCAUGGUCAAGCACCAGUGCUGCCCCGGCUGCGGAUUCUUCUGCAGGGCUGGGACCUUCAUGGAGUGCCAACCAGACAUUAACAUCUCACAUCGUUUCCACCGUGCCUGUGCUUCAGUACUAAAAGGUCAAAGUUUCUGCCCCCACUGUGGUGAGGAGGCCAGCAAGGCCAAAGAGGUUACCAUCGCCAAGGCUGACACAACCUCCACUGUACCCCAAACACUUGCUCACGGACCAGCUCCGCCCGGAGCCCUUGAGGGUCGAGCGGACACAACCACUGGCAGCUCAUUACGCCCCGAUGCGGCGGGUGAUGGCAAUGGCAGAGCGGACAGCUCGCUUAGCGCUGGUUUGGCACCCGAGCUAGAUUUGCUUGCCGUUCCAAGAUCCUCCAGCAGCUCAGAAUUGCAGGCCGACAUCGAAGCAACAGCUGCAUCUCCAGUUCUUCAGGGACCACCAAGAGAAACUCUUGAAAGCAUUCUGGCUUCUCUUGACACAGAAAAACCCAAGAAGCUACGUUUUCACCCAAAGCAACUUUACCUCUCAGCCAAACAGGGAGAGCUUAAAAAAGUUGUGCUCAUGCUGGUGGAAGGUAUUGACCCCAACUUUAAGAUGGAAUCGCAGAACAAACGCACCCCUCUUCAUGCUGCAGCGGAGGGAGGACACAAGGAAAUCUGCCACAUGCUUGUGCAAGCUGGUGCAAACUUGGAAACAUGCGACGAAGAUCAUCGAACACCGCUAAUGGAUGCCUGUGAAAACAACCACCUAGAAACUGUCAUGUACCUGCUGAGAGCUGGAGCCAAUGCCAUGCACAAGGAUGUUGAAGGGUUCACAUGUCUCCACCUAGCGGCCAAGUCUGGUCAUUACAACAUUGUUGAGUACCUUCUUUGCACAGGACACGUCAACAUAAACUGUCAGGAUGAUGGAGGUUGGACAGCCAUGAUUUGGGCCACAGAGUAUAAACAUGUGGACCAGGUCAAAUUACUUCUCUCUAAAGGAGCUGACAUAAGCAUCAGAGACAAGGAAGAAAACAUCUGUCUUCACUGGGCAGCGUUCUCUGGGAGUGUUGAGAUAGCCACGCUGCUCCUGAAUGCAAAUUGUGAUCUCCAGGCUGUAAAUAUUCACGGGGACUCUCCGCUACACAUAGCUUCUCGGGAGAAUCGCUUGGAUUGUGUCGUGCUAUUCCUUUCUCGAGGAGCAGAUGUUUCCCAAAAGAAUCGGGAAGGAGAAGCCCCUUCAGACUGCUGCAGUCACAACACAAAAACAUUUGCCGCCCUUCAGGCCAACAGGAGAGAAAAGGACGCCAAGAAUGUCAGGUUCAUUCAAGCAAAGGAAAAAUACCUUCACAGUGACAUUGCUCUGGGGCAAGAGAGAAUUCCCCUUCCCUGUGUCAAUGCUGUUGACAGUGAACCAUACCCAGAAGACUACAAGUACAUCCUUGAAAACUGCGUCACAUCCCCAAUGAACAUUGAUAAAAACAUAACACAUUUGCAAUACUGCGUUUGCAAGGAAGACUGUUCUUCAAGCGUAUGUAUGUGCGGACAGCUGAGUUUGCGCUGCUGGUAUGAUACGGGUGGUUGUCUCCUACCUGAAUUCUGCCGCGAGGAGCCCCCUCUUAUCUUUGAGUGUAACCAUGCUUGUUCUUGUUGGAGGACCUGCAAAAACAGGGUGGUGCAAAACGGACUCAGAACCAGGCUUGAGCUCUUCAGGACUAAAAAGAAGGGCUGGGGUGUUCGAACACUGCAAGACAUACCACAAGGGACCUUUGUAUGCGAGUAUGUUGGUGAGAUCAUCUCUGAAGCAGAAGCUGAGAUGAGGCAAAACGAUUCUUAUCUCUUCAGUUUAGAUGAUAAGCAACCACAAGAUCUUUACUGCAUCGAUGCUCGUUUCUAUGGAAACAUCAGCCGGUUUCUCAACCACAUGUGCGAGCCCAACUUGUUUGCCUGCAGAGUAUUCACCACACACCAGGACCUGCGUUUCCCACACAUUGCCUUCUUUGCCAGUGAAAACAUCAAGGCGGGAGAAGAACUUGGAUUUAACUAUGGCGACCACUUUUGGGAAGUUAAAAGCAAGGCGUUCAGCUGUGAAUGUGGCUCCUCCAAGUGCAAAUACUCAUCGGCAGCCAUGACGUCGCUGCAGGCAGACAGCACGCCGGAAAACCGCCAGCAGCUCAGCGCCUCCCCUGACACCAGCUCCUCCAACGGUCUCUCCAGCCCCUCUUAGAAGGUGCCUCGCACUCGUCUUAUUACACACACGUCUCCUGGACACGAGGGCACUGGUCUCAACGUCCAGUAACUUUUUACAAAUGAACUCGUACUGUAUAGUAACAUGAACCUUUGACCCUUGGGAAAACUUUUUAUCAUGAUGAACUAGCUGCACAAUUGGACCCUCAGAAGAAUGUAGUGCUGCAGCAGUGGUCCCCAGAAAGAAGGACAAUGAAACAGUCUUUCCAUUUCAUAUUUAACUUCACUGGGAAAAUGAACUUGGCCUUUUGCUGUGAGUAUAUCGAGAACCAUUCCACCAAAAUUUGCUACAUACUGUAUGUAAAUUGAAGGUAUUGCAUCACGUCUGCUUCGUGGAGUGUUUAGAAAGACUAAUGUUUGACAAUUGCCCAAAAUAUUGAGAAGGACAAAUCAUCACAGCGUGGUUCAGUUUGUGGGUAAAGACACAACAAAAAAAGAGGCUGCGUCCUUCCUUUCUAAGGUGCAGAAAAUUACGUUUUGUCUAGCUUGUAUGUUUAAGGGGAACCUAAUUGUCUUUUAGGACUUCCCACAGUUGAUGAAGAACAGAUUUUGACACAUAAGGAGUAACAAAAAUGGUGCUCUUUCCUUUAUAAUUUUUUUUUCAACUUUACGUGCUCAUUACCCAAUUGAACAUAGUUUGUAAGAUAAGAGAACCAUAUGUUGUUGUUUUUUAUGCUCAGUUUUAAAAUGCUCAGUUUUAAUUCCAGUUUUGUAAUUAUAUUUGUAGUACCAGUAGUUCCGUUUAUAAUUUCCUUCCACAAUUUUGCCAACAUAUCUUUUUAAGUGUUUGUAGUGAAGCAGUGGCCGCUGUUCAAAAUCACGGAUUUAGAGAAAAAGAAAGUUCCAAAAAUGCACUUCCUGUUAUUUUCUGUUACAUAUUCAUGGACUGUGAAACAUCAUAUGAAUUGGUUGUAUGUUUUUCAAUAAAUUUACUACUAAUGAAUUUCU